UCACAAGAUACUCCUUCAGGAAAAGGCAGAAAAAAUAUUAAAAAAAUAAUAUCAGAGAAAAAUUUAGCUCAAGAAACAAAAGAAGCCCAACUAGAAGAAAGUGAAAGGAAAAAAAGGGUUCUAGAAAGGCAAAAAUUGUACAAUGUAAUUGUUGAUACCUCUCAAGAUGGUCAAGAAAUUAUAACUCGAAAAUUGGUUUUAGAAGUUGAUCCUGUGUCUAAGGAAGAAACAGUGGAAGUUCAUCCUGAUUUAAUAGAAAAAUUAAAACCACAUCAAGUAAACGGAGUGAAAUUUAUGUGGGAAUGUACCAUUGAAUCUCUUAAAAGUCUGGAAACAAAACCCGGAUCUGGUUGUAUUUUAGCUCAUUGCAUGGGCCUUGGGAAAACUUUACAAGUUAUUGCUUUCUUGCAUACAUGUUUAACCAAUAAAUAUGUCAAUAAGAAGAUAAAAACAGCAAUGGUUAUUUGCCCUUAUAAUACCGUAUUAAACUGGUCCAAGGAAUUUGAAAUUUGGACAGAAGGUAUUGAUGGACAAAUAUUGGUCCAUGAGAUGAUUCUUGCCAAAGAUAACUAUACAAGAGUUGACAUUUUAGAUUAUUGGCAAAGAGAAGGAGGAGUGCUUAUAAUUAGUUAUGAUAUUUUUCGGAAUUUGGUUUCUGGAAAGGGCAGGUUGCGUUCAAAAGAAAGGAAAAGAGUUCAAGAAUUGUUGCUUGAAAAAGGGCCUGAUAUUGUAAUUUGUGAUGAAGGACAUGUUUUGAAAAAUAUACAGUCUGCAAUAUCAAAAGCUACUUCCCAGUUUAACACAAAACGCAGAAUAGUUUUAACUGGCACUCCUUUGCAAAAUAAUUUGCAAGAAUGUAAGUUCUGAAAAUAUUUUCUGUAUAAAUUCAUGCAUAAACUGUAGUAUAACUGUAUAUAUAUGUAUGUCUAACUUAUUUUUAUAUAUGUCUCUGGAAGGACAUCUUUAUGUGUUUUGAAUUUUGUACAUACAUAAAGAAUUCAGCUGUCAAUAUGGAAAAAGGAUAUAAUCAAGUUUGAAAGUAAAAAAAAUAAAGCCCUUUUUUAGUUCCGUGUAUGAAGUAAAAAGGAAGUAUUGUAAUGACGAAAAACUUGGGGUAUCAUAUUUCAAUGAAAAUAUCCAUUUUGACCGUUAUCGAAUGCAAUUUAACGAUGUUUUUCCAUGACAUCAGUAUGUAAGGACGGAAUAAAGGACUCAUCCUCCCCAAAAUAAUUAUAAAAUUGAUUUUAAAUGAAUUCUGAAGAGAUUUUUCACGGUGUCCGUAUGUACGGACAUAUGUAUGUAUCUCGCAUAACUCAAAAAUGAGCCAUACAGUACAAAGUCUGUAAUUCGGACUCGUCGGGACUUCGGCGAUUCCGGA